AUGGGGUCAGAAAUCCACACAAAGAUCCCCUACAUCGAAACCCCACUCAUAAAAUCACAUACUCUUUCAGAAGUAGCUGGCUGCAAUGUCUUCCUCAAGCUGGAGAAUCUGCAACCCUCGGGGUCCUUCAAGUCUCGCGGCAUAGGCAACUACAUGAUGGCCAAACUCGCCGCUCAAGGAGCAGACACCAGCAAGGUCCAUUUCUACUGCUCGUCCGGAGGCAACGCCGGGCUGGCCUGUGUCCAUGCCGCCAUCACCCUCGGGUGCCGGGCCACCAUUGUCGUCCCGCUUUCGACUUCAGUCUUCAUGAUUGACAAGCUGCGACAGGCCGGUGCCACUGAUGUUGUCCAAAAGGGGGCCUCGUGGCAAGAGGCAGACGACUACUUGACGGGAACUCUCAUGGAGGAAGCUCGUACCAAGGGAGACGUUGCCAUCUAUGUGCCCCCGUUCAACGCUCAGGAGAUUUGGGACGGUGCCGCGGGCAUCACGCACGAAAUCGCAAGACAGAUUCCCACCAUGACCAAUCAUUAUCCAGUGUCCAUCGAGGGCGUGUCAGAUGACGACGUUACGGCACGCACAGGCAACGUCGAUGCCGUUAUCUGCAGUGUUGGUGGAGGUGGCCUCUUGUCCGGUGUCGUGCAGGGCCUCGACGACCUCUCCAUGCAGCAUACUCGAGUCAUUGCCGUUGAGACUCUCGGAGCAGACUCCCUCCAUCAGGCAGUCCAAAAGGGCGAGCUGAUUACCCUGCCAGCCAUCACUAGUCUUGCCACCACCCUGGGCGCGAGAAGGGUCUGCCAAAGGGCCUUUGAGUACGGACUCCGCGAGCAGGUCUCAACAGUGGUGCUCUCCGACGCCGAGGCCAUUGCCGCCUGCAAGCGGUUCGCUAGCGAGGAGCGCUUCCUGGUCGAGUUGUCGUGUGGAGUCGUUCCCGCGGUGGUGUACAGCGGGAGACUGAAGGAGUUGAUUCCCGGGCUCAACAAGAAUAGUGUGGUUGUGCUUGUGAUAUGUGGAGGGUGCAAUAUUUCCUACGAAAUACUCGAGCACUAUGUCACAAGCCAAGCAGCGGCACACGCAAGCUGA